CCGUCCUUUACUGCACUGCACAUUCUCUGGCCAUUCAUAUUCUCGUAUCAUCACCCAUUCUAUUCUUGAUUUCCUUCAAUUUGAGCGAAACAAGAGACAGCCACAAUGUGCAAGACCUCGUACGAUUGCGGGUGCAGCGUCAACAAUGGCAGUGGCUGCAACUGCGGCACGGUGACCCAGCGGAACACGGGGUACUGCAUUGCUCACCAGAACGGCGGCGGUGGUGUCUACACCCGGCCACGCGGACAGCCGCGUUAG